AUGAAAUUCCCAAUCCAAGCAACCUCAAGAAGCAAGCUGCGACUGGACAUAGCAAUGUGUUCUCUUGUAGCUCUUACGUUCAUCCUCAUCAUUGCGCGCGUCGCGAACAAAGGCACGCCGUCAUCAAGAGUCAAUACAUGGGGAAUUGCAGUGUGUCUAAAAUCUGCACUCUCACUGUCGUAUCAAAUGGUGACAGGGCACGUGGAUCGCUUCAAACGAUGGGGAAAUACCAAAGCCAACAAGAUCCUCACCAUUAUCGACACGGUUUUCUGGUUCGCACUAUUUAUCAUCAGUAUUUUAGGGGUCUCAUCGUCACACAGUACGAGUAGUCGGGCUUUGGGUGUCAUUAUCAUCCUUCUGGCAUUGGUUCUAUGGUAA